UUUCACGGCUUUCCAUGUUCCCGCCUUUCCUGCCUAUAACCUAACCUCUCAACAAUUUUCGAUUUAGAAGGUAUAUACCUUGAUUUGCCAUAUUACUAGACUAGAAGUGAUAGUGAUGUCGUUCAUUCAUAUAACGAAUACGUAAUUUAGCGAAUAAACCCACGUGAGAUGAACGUGCGAGAAAUGAGCACGUUCGUCUAAAAUACGUAAUAACCGUCCUGGGCUUCUAUGGAGACUUCUGAAUUCUUUGCUUGCAUGCUCCACCGAGGGCAGCACAGAGAAAUCUCGCGACCCUUCUCAACUCAUCUCCGUAUAUAGAUUAGUGCUCUAUUCUCUAUUAUUAAGUCCGUGGCCAAGCUGUCGUCUCGCCGCGUGCAUGCCGCGUGGUUUCUAACCUCUCGUGCAUACAUCUGCAGUAAUUGUGUGUUAAUUCAAUAUUUUUGUAAUACAUCGAAUCUGAGGAUUGCGUAUACUGUAAUAUAUAAAAGCGUCAAAAUGGCCAAAUCACAUUCCGCUAAGAAAGCCCCUCGGAAAGAGGGAUUCAAUCGAUCGGGUCACAGCAUGAAUCCAGAACGUCCUACCGAAGGGUUGAAAGGUGUUGCAAAAGUGCGCACAAAGAGUACGAUUAAAAGACUACAAAUGUACCGCAAUCAGAAACCAAAGCGUAAUAGAGUUGGUAAGAUCAUUAGUCCAGCACCUUUCCAAGGGUGGCACUCAUCUGGAACGGUUUCUCGCAUUGAACCUGCGCAAAGAUGGUUUGGUAACACUAGAGUUAUCUCGCAGAAUGCCUUGCAGAAAUUUCAAAGUGAACUUGGAGCUGUCAGGAAAGAUUCGUAUCAAGUCAUCAUGAAACCGACCCAGUUACCGGUCUCGUUGUUGCAACAGAAAGCGGUACACGCAAGAGUGCACCUUUUAGACACUGAGACUUACGACAGUGUUUUUGGGCCGAAGAAACAACGUAAACGUCCUAAUUUAGCUGUUUCAACUUACGACGAGCUGCAAAAAAUUGCAGAGAGUAAGGAAGAAGUAUAUGACAAGGAAAAGGAUUCCAAGGACGUUGAUCUCGUUAAGCCUGACACAGGCGUUCGCGAUGCUGCACGUGAUUGGAUCAUGAGCGCAGGUCAAAGCAAGCGUAUUUGGAACGAAUUGUACAAAGUGAUUGACUCCUCUGAUGUGGUUCUCCAAGUUCUCGAUGCAAGGGAUCCAAUGGGAACUCGAUCUCCACCCGUGGAGAAGUAUUUAAAGACGGAGAAGGCUCACAAACAUCUUAUUUUCAUUUUAAACAAGGUCGAUCUUGUGCCAACUUGGGUGACGCAGAGGUGGGUAGCCAUACUCAGCUCAGAAUAUCCCACUGUUGCUUUCCAUGCUUCCUUAACUAAUCCCUUUGGAAAAGGAUCGCUUAUAAACCUAUUACGUCAGUUUGCCAAGUUGCAUCUAGACAAAAAGCAAAUAAGCGUAGGAUUUAUAGGUUAUCCGAAUACAGGGAAAAGCUCAAUCAUCAACACAUUGAAAUCGAAGAAAGUCUGCAAAGUGGCGCCGAUAGCAGGGGAGACGAAAGUGUGGCAGUAUAUUACAUUGAUGCGUCGGAUUUAUCUCAUCGAUUGUCCAGGAGUGGUGUAUCCCUCCACUGAAACGGACACAGAGAAAGUUUUGAAAGGUGUGGUUCGAGUAGAGCUCGUCCAAGAUCCAGACGACUACAUCCCGGCUGUGCUUGACAGAGUGAAACCAGAGUACUUGCGAAAGACUUACAAGAUCGAGGAAUGGUCGGAUCAUGUGGACUUCUUAGAAAAAUUAGCUCAUAAGUCAGGGAAGCUUUUAAAGAAAGGAGAGCCAGAUAUCAAAAUAGUUGCACGCAUGGUUCUGAAUGACUGGCAGAGAGGCAAGCUGCCAUUCUAUGUCACUCCGACUGGGUUCGAGGAACCAAUUACAAAGAACGUCGAUCAGUCACAAGGAGAAGCUUUCGUAAAUAACGAAGCUGAAAAGGAAGAAACUGAAGAAAAAAGUUCUAAUGAAGAGAAAGAGCCUGAUGAAAAUUCUGCUCCUGCAAUACCACAGCAAAAUCCUAUCGUUAUUCAGGAUUUUAGGAAAAUUAGAGUUGGGUUGCCUUAUUCCAGGGAAGACCUGAAGAGCGAUAGCUUGUCUAAUGUUGAUGACGAGCAUAAUAAAUCUGUCGAGAUAAGUGAAAGGACUAGUUUGUCUGGGUCGAUAAGUGAUAUUGAGUUAUCUAAUGAGGAAAAUGAGGUUUCUGCAAAUUUAGAGAAAGAUGCAUUGAACGAUGUGGAUCAGAUUAGAAAAAACGAUGCUGCUGAGAGUACUGAAAGAAAUGUGUCUUCCAAUGAUGACGGUAAUGUCACUGCUGACUCAAGUGAUGGCAGAAAGAAAAUAAAGGCAAGGAAACGUAUUACAGCCCUCGCUAAAAGGAAGGACAAAAAUAUUAAUAGAGAUCGUGCCGAUGGAAGUCCUGUUAAUAGCGAUAAAGAUUGUGGAAAGAGCUCCGAUGAAGACCAAGCUCCCGUUGAACUCGAGAAAGACAAUCUCAUGCAAAGUGCAUUUAGCGUGGAAGAGGAUGACUACGACACGAGUGACAGUGAAGUACAGACAAUAAAGACGGUCUCGAGCAGUGGAACGUUCAAGGUAUGCAAAGUAGACGAAAGAACUAGAGAUCGAGCCAAUGAAACAAGAAAAAAGUUAACCAGCAGACAACGGAGAGCUCUGGAGCAAGCCAGCAAGAGAAAGAAGAUUGGAAGCAACUUUUAUGAGGUGACCAAUGUCAAGAACAGAAACAAGAACAGGAAGGUGCCUAAAGUUAAACGAUGGUAAUUUGUACCUAGUUGAGGUGCUGAUUACUAGUUUAUGUAAUUCAUCGAGUGACCUUUGACAAAAUUUGUGUACUCCGUCUGGGGAAACCAUAACUCCGAGCUUGUUUAAUACAGGUUAGAAACUUGUAUAUUAAUCUUUAUAUAGUGUAAAUAAAACAUGAAUAAUAAAUUAAUUGCGUAAUCGCGUCAA